GGGUCGAGUUGAGUGGGGCCAGUGCUGGCCCGUAUAAAAGGGGGCCUCAAGUCAUCCACUGAGCAUCAGUCCUCAAAUCAAGGAACAGCAGCAACCAUGAGGGCAUUCGUGAUAUUAGCGCUCGCCACGGUGGCGAUGGCGCGACCGGAAGCGCCAGGCGGCUAUUCCUACUCGCAGCCAAGUGGAAGUUAUGGAGCGCCAGGAGGCGGUGGUGGUGGCGGCGGCGGCGGAUUUGGAGGUGGUUUGGGAGGACUUGGAGGUGGAUUAGGAGGAUUGAGCGGAGGUCAUGGAGGUGGAUUGGGAGGAUUGAGCGGAGGUCAUGGAGGUGGCUUUAGUGGAGGAAGUGGACUCGGUGGAAGUGGCUUCGGAGGUGGCAGUGGAUUUGGAGGUGGAAGUGGCCUGAGUGGAGGCGGUUUUGGAGGCAGCAGUGGAAGUUCAUUCGGAGGUGGUGGCGGUGGAUCUUUCGGCGGUGGUAGCGGUGGAUCGUUUGGAGGUGGCUUCGGAGGUGGUUCCCUCAUUCAGAAGCACAUCUACGUCCACGUACCGCCACCAGAGGCACCCGAGGACAGACCAAUUAGACCAAUUUCCCCACAAGCGCCAUCGCAGAAACACUACAAAAUCAUCUUCAUCAAGGCACCCACUCCACCAACCCCAACUGCACCAGUGAUCCCAGCCUUCCAACAGGACGAGCAAAAGACCCUCAUCUACGUUCUUGUCAAGAAACCCGAGGAGGCGCCAGAAAUCAAUUUGCCAACGAUCACACCCACUCAGCCCAGCAAACCCGAGGUUUACUUCAUCAAGUACAAGACACAGAAGGAAGUCUCUGGUGGCGGAUCAGGAAUUGGAGGUGGUAUCGGCGGAAUUGGAGGUGGCUCAGGAAUUGGUGGUGGAUCGGGUAUUGGCGGUGGUUCUGGUAUUGGAGGUGGCUCUGGUAUUGGAGGCAUUGGCGAUGGACAUGGAAGCAGUGGUAUCGGUGGAACUGGACCAAGCGGACCAAGCGGAAGUUAUGGACCACCCGGUGCAUCCGGCCCCUACUAGUCAAUUAUCACUUGCCCUCUAUCCUUCUCCGGUCACUGUCACAAUCACCUCACAAUUCACACGUACGCACACACACGCACAAGCACACGUACAUGUGACGAGAGAAUUUUCUGUAAAAUAAUGACGAUCCGAAAAGAUCUACGUCUUUCUACUUUAAUACGACUGUACUAUAGUAUGAGCGAACGCACGACGAUGCUACUUGAUGAUUAUGAUGAUUAUGUUAAUAAUUUGAUGAUGAUUAUUAUUAUUAUUUUUAUUGAUAAUGAUGCUGAUGAUGUUGCGACGAUACGGAGUUUUUUUUUUAUACCUAUACAUAUAUAUAUAUUUUUUGCAAGAAAACGGUGGCGAAAUAAAGCUCUUUUUUUAUGUGAUUUUUUUACAUAGAAA